GUAGUGUCUGUGGUGUAGUGUGUCUAUAGUGUAAUGUGUGUAUAGUGUAGUGUCUGUAGUGUAGUGUGUGUAUAGUGUAGUGUCUGUAGUGUAGUGUGUAUAGUGUAGAAGUUUCUCUGAAGCCCUAUUUGGACGGGAUGAUUUUUAUAUUAAAAGGACUCUGUCUUGCAGCGACGAUGUGCAGGACCGGGAGACGGAGAAGAGUCGUUUGGAGGAGGCCUACGAGAAAUGCGAUCGCGAUCUGGAUCAGCUCAUCGUUCAGCACUACACGGAGCUCACUACGGCCAUCCGCACCUACCAGAGCAUCACCGAGAGGAUCACCAGCUCGCGCAACAAGAUCAAACAGGUGAAGGAGAACCUGCUGUCGUGUAAGAUGCUGCUCCACUGCAAGCGGGACGAGUUGAGGAAGCUGUGGAUCGAGGGCAUCGAGCACAAGCACGUCCUCGAGCUGUUGGACGAGAUCGAGAACAUCAAGCAGGUCCCUCAGAAACUGGAGACCUGCAUGGCCAGCAAGCAUUAUCUCCAUGCCACCGACAUGCUGGUGUCAGCAGUACAGUCUCUGGAGGGGCCUCUGCUGCAGGUGGAGGGUCUGAGUGACCUGAGGCUGGAGCUGCACAGCAAGAAGCUCAACAUUCAUCUGGUGCUGAUCGAUGAGCUGCACCGCCACCUCUACAUCAAGUCCACCAGCCGAGUGGGGCAGCGGAGCAAGGACAAAGGACGGCUCGGAGGGUCUACUCCAAAGGACUCGUCCAUCUUGGAAGUCAGCAGUCUGUCCACUCCAAGGAAGCUCACAGAAUCGUCCCAGUACAGCAUUCCAGCAGCAUCCAGCAUUCGUGAUUUGCAGGACGAUCUGGACGCGGACCCGGAAGAGAACAGCGCCGAGUUCAUGGGGAUCCUGAUCAAAGCUUUAGCCAAACUCAAGAAGAUCCCCGAGACCAUUAACGCCAUCAUGGAGAGGCUGGAGCCGGAACUCAAGCAGAUCCUGAAGAGAUCCACCACCCAGAUCGCAGACCACGCCUACCAGAGAGGAGAGAGUCUGGCACAGGAUAACCAGCCUAGGCUGCUCCUGGAACUGCUGGAGCUGUUGUUUGAAAAGUUUAACGCGGUGGCCUCGGCUCACAGCGUCGUCCUGAACCAUCUGCAGCAGAUCGUGGUUUCUCCCGGCGGAGCUCACGAGGGCAUCAAGCUCUACGAGCAGGCCGAUGUCUCUGCCAAGAUUCAGACUGUCCUACAGGUGCUCCUGAUGGACUACCUGGACGUAAAGAACACGCGAAGCGCAGCCGAACCCUCGGCCCAGCUCUCCUACGCGAGCACCGGCGGAGACUUCGGAGCUUUUUUUGCCAAGAAGAAACCAGUUAGACCGAAACAGUCCCUCUUCAAGUUCGAGUCUUCCUCCCACGCCAUUAGCAUGAGCGCGUACCUGCGAGAACAGCGUCGAGAGCUCUACAGCAAGAGCGGAGAGCUACAAGGGGGAGCUGAUGAUAACCUGAUUGAAGGAGGAGAAACCAAGUUCCUGUGUAAGCCUGGAGCCAGGAACAUCACUGUCAUCUUCCAGCCUUUGCUCAGGUUUAUUCAGGAGAUCGAGUUGAGCAUGGGCUCGGGGAAGCAGUGUCAGCUCCGCACCUUCCUCACCUACUAUAUCAAAGAGCUGUUUCUGAACCAAGUGCGCACCGAGACCAAUAAAGAAAUCGAAAUAGUCACUAAAGUGGCCGAUCCUCUCAAGAUCUUGGCCAGCGCUGACACCAUGAAGAACCUGGGAGUCCAGAGACCUCUUCUGCAGAGCACUGUGAUCGUAGAGAAGUCCAUCCAGGAUCUGAUGAGUCUCAUGCGGGACCUCAGCGCUUACUCGAACCAGUUCCUGGAGAUGGUCUGUGACAAGCUCAAAGAGUACAAGGAGAUCUGUAACACUGCGUACAGGAGUAUAGUGCAGGUUGAUGAUAAGCUGACCAUCAGCGCCUCCUGGGCCAAAGACGAGGACAUCAGCCGCCUGCUGCAGUCACUUCCCAAUUGGGCCAACAUGACUCAACCCAGACAGCUGCGUCCGAAAAGAGAGGACGAGGAGGAUUUUACACGGGCGGCUUUUGCGAAGGAAUCCGAGGUUCUGACGGGGAACCUGGGAGACAAGCUGAUUCCUUCGAACGAGAUUCUUCAGGAUGUCAGUGACCUGAAGGCUCUGGCUAACCUGCAGGAAAGCAUGGAGUGGCUCGCGGUUUGUCUCAAAGGCUUCUUCUCCAGCCUGUCCCCAAGCUCCGGUGCGUCCCCAGGUUCGGACACGCAGGCGAGCAGCGAGAACGCACGCAGCCGCGAGCACAUCCUGCAGACCCUUUCAGACCUCGCCAGAUCUUUCCAGGACAUCGCUGACCGCUGCCUGCUCGUGCUGCAUCUGGAGGUCAGGGUGCACUGCUUCCAUUAUCUUAUCCCCCUGGCCAAGCAGGGCAACUAUGCCAUUGUGGCUAACGCAGCCAGCAUGGACUACGACCCCCUGGUGGUGAAGCUGAAUAAAGACAUCAGCGCUAUCGAGGAAGUGAUGGGAGCCACGCUGCAGCAGCACAAGUUCCAGUACAUCUUUGAGGGCCUGGGCCACCUGAUCUCUUGCAUUCUGAUCAACGGAGCUCAGUACUUCAAGCGUAUCAGCGAGUCCGGAAUUAAGAAGAUGUGCAGGAACAUAUUUGUGCUCCAGCAGAACCUCACCAACAUCACCAUGUCCCGCGAGGCCGACCUGGACUUUGCUAGGCAGUACUAUGAGAUGCUGUACAACACGGCGGACGAGUUGUUGAACUUGGUGGUGGAUCAGGGCGUGCGCUACAGCGAGCUGGAGUACAUCAACGCCCUGAGCCUCCUGCACCGCAGCCAGACAGGCGUGGGAGACCUGAGCGUCCAGAACACACGUCUGCAGCGCCUCAAAGAGAUCAUCUGCGAGCAGGCCGCUAUCAAACAGGCAACCAAGGACAAGAAGAUCACCACCGUGUAAAACACACACACACACACACACACACACACACACACACACAUAUGCCAAUUCACUUUUCUUUUUUUUUUUUAUUUAAUAGCCAACACUAAGAGAUGAAAGAGAAGCAUUGCACACACACUGUUUAUAUACUCUUACACACACGCUCACACACACGCUCACACACACACAAUUAGUGUUUAAUGAAAUAAUCCCUCGGAGCAUGUCUCACCAACCGCAGCUUCACCUGGAAUAAGCAGAUGGAAUCUGGACGCGUGACUGGAGGACACAGUCUUCUCAUUUCCCUGUAAUAUAAAACACACACACACACACCGGGCUGCGCCCACAAUCACAGGCAGAUCAGAGCGCUGGAAUUGUUAUCUGAGACUCCCUGCGAGGCGUUUUGUACUUUCAGGAAGGGAAAGAGACGUUCGAGUUUUUCAACACCGCCGUUUAUUCAGAAGUAAAGAUGAUUGAUUGGGUUUUGCUGGAUAGGUAUAGUUAGAUAGGGCAGAUAUAAAGAGGUGUUGAGAAAAAAAGAGAGAAAUGGACUGGACAGAGAGGGGAUAGGAAAAACCGAGAAAAGGGCAGACACAAAAUACUGGGGAUAGGCGUUAGAUAGGCGAGAUAUUAUGAUGAGA